AUGAAUUUUGAUCUUCUAUUCCACGACAUUUCAUGGGAAUCACAGAAGAUGUUUCUUCAGCAGACUCUUGGUCACCCUUUGCUUCUUGCCAAGCCAAUUUCGUGGUCUUAUCAGGCUGCUUUUCUUCGAGUGGCCAUUGAGACACUCGAAAAGAAUACACCCGAAGUGCACGAGGAUUUCUACACAGAGUACUUGAGACUGCAACAGCUCGCGUCUCUCGAACAGACUCACGUGUACAAGCACUAUCGUGUUCCUCAAAGUGACAAAUUAAUCUCAGUCAGGGAGAGUCCCAAGCUCUUCUGCGAUGGGACAACUGGCCUGAGGACUUGGGCCUCUUCCAUCGCUCUGUGCGAAUGGUUUGUCCACAAUCUUACUGAUUUGUCGCAAAAAACCCUUCUUGAACUCGGAGCUGGUGUUGGAAUGGCGGGAAUCAUGCUUGGUCAGAUGGUUGAAAACUGCAAUAUACACUUGACAGACUUUCACGAGAAAGUCCUCGGCAUUCUGGAGGAAAAUGUCUGUGCAAAUCCUCCGGCAAACAGCAAUAAUUUAAUUGUUAGUCAACUCGACUGGAAUUCUGAGGCGGAUUACGAGAGAUUGAGUAAAACUUGCUGUCCGGACGUUGUCUAUGCAGCUGACGUGAUUUACGAUAGUGACUUAUUUCCAGCACUGUGCAGACUUAUUCUGUUGGAGACUGUCGAGUAA